GUUUUAUACAUUGGCGGAUUGAAGGAUACAAUGUGCAAACUAUACCCUUUCUCUGCCUGUCAAAAUUUGUAUUAAAAUCUAGGCCCAAUGGAAAUACAUUUGCUAGUACGGUGGAUCUUCGGCUGCCUGGUAGUUGUUCAAGGAUUGGUUUCAGCGGAGCCCUUGCCCGCUCCCCAUCAGGAAUCCCUGGCUGUCGAGCCAGAUUGGCUACCAAGCGGGUAUGAAGAGCCAGUGGAGCAGAGGAGCAUCGUAAUGCGAUCCAAACGGACACUCGAUGACAAUGGCGAGGAAAUAGUCUACCGGGUGUCCCCUAGCGACACCAAAGAUCGAGGUUGCCAAGGACUCCGAUACGGACCGACAACCCCGGGAGGGCAAGCCCAGUUGACUGCCAGCUGGCUUGUUUGCAUCCCGACCAGCCUGUUUCUUGCUCGCCUUGUAAGAGUUGUGAUUGAGAUAAAUCAGCUAACAGCUUACUAG